AAUGCUUUACUCUGAUUGGCUGAGAAAUGUUCCAUGCGUGUUAAUUAUUUUUUCUGUAAACCGCACACCUAACAUGUUAAAUGUCUUAAAAAUAGGCACCAGAGCAAUGUUUGUGGUAACCUUGGUAUAAGAGGAAUAAUUGACUCCGGUCCUUUGAAUUAUUUGAAAAUAAUGCACACCCUUCGCAUCAUGCCACAUUACACCCUUGGGUGUGGAUUAUUUUCUUACAACUCAAUGGCCCGUCGUCAAUUAUUCCUUACAUAAAUCAGAUAAAUAAGAAAACAUCUAAAAAGUUUCUAAAGGUUUUCUUUGAAAAAAAAUUUUAAUUAGCUGAUGUCAAGUGAUUUCAGUGGAUGUAUUUGGGAGUUCUCAUACAGUUUAUACACGUGUUAAAAUGAACAAAGAUAUAUUUUAUCAUCUUAGAGUCAUAAUAUGCAAUUUCCGGCACUAGAGAUCACUAAACAACCACGGCCGCAGUUUGGUGACACCGUUAAAGGGGCCAUGGCAUGAAAAUGAGACUUUUUCCAUGUUUAAGUGCUAUAAUUGGGUCCCCAGUGCUACAAUCAACCUAGAAAAUGUGAAAAAGAUCAACCCAGUAACUUAGUUUUGGUAAACCAUUCUUUACAAGCACAUACAAAAAUAGGUUGUUGAAAUUUGUCCCUCUUUAUGAUGUCAUAAAGAGCUCUUAUUAGAAUAAUACCGCCCCCUUAAUCUGCACUAUCCAAUCACAGCACUGCCAUUUAGUGCAGAGAAAGAGAAAAAAAUAAUUCACAGCACAAUUGAGUUUCAAUUACAACAAAUCACCAUCAUUGUGAUCAGUGUUUGCACUUCAUCAGCUCAUUUGCAUUUUAAAGAACACACCCAAAACAGCACAUUUUGCACACACCAACAAAGUGUCAAUUUUAACAUGUUAUAAUAAAUUAUCCAUAUGGAAUUUUGAGCUAAAACUUUACGUAUGUGUUCUUGGGACACCAAAGAUUUAUUUGACAUCUUAAAAAAGGCUUGUGCCAUGGCCCCUUUAAAGGUCCACUGUGUAGAUUUUUAGCGGCAUCUAGAGGUGAGAUUGUGAACUGCAACCAACAGUUCAGUCCACAGCUUACCUCUCCCUUUCGAAAUGCAUAGAAAAGCUACAGUCGCCACCACACGACAAACAUGUCAUCUGAGAGAAUGUAGUGCCAGUUUAGGCUUACUGUUAAAAAUGGGACUGUGAAAUGGGGACUUCAGUAUAAGGGGACCCAGUGUGUAUGUGGAUAAAAACGGUUCAUUCUAAAGUAAUAAAAACAAUACAGUUCAUUAUGUAAGGUCUUUAUACACCACUGAUAAUACAGUUAUGUAUAUUAUAUUGCAUUUCUGUCAAGAGUUCCUUCUAAAAGUUACACAAUGUACCUCGGAAGAGCAUGAAAUGAUGGGAGUUCACCUUCACUGUCGAUAGGAAUCGAUCAGACAGAACUCAUGUUAAAAGGGACACAUCAUGAAAAUCUGACUUUUUCCAUGUUUAAGUGCUAUAAUUGGGUUCCCAGUGUUUUUAUCAAGUAUAAAAAAACAACCCAGUAACUUAGUUUUGGGAAACCAAAAUAGGUCAUUGAAAUUUGGCUCCCCUUGCGAUGUCAGAAGGGGAUAUUACGGCCCCUUAAUCUGCACUACAGUUGUUUUCAUUUUGGACAGCUCUUAUAUUUAUUUUGGUCUAGGACUAGUCUAAUUCCAGUCUGGGAAACCGCCCCAUGAUCACAUACACACAGCAGACAGGUGAAAGUGAGCAGUACACAAUAAAUAUUUCACGAGUGUAACAGAGCCACACACACACAAAACACACUGCUGUCUUCAGUUCAGAUCACAGACCUGCUCGACACAGAAAGAAUGGACACAUCUGUGAGUAUAAUAUACAAACAUAUAAAUUAUAUUCACAUGAUUUAUCAAAAAUAUGAGUUGGUGUAACACUAAUACCCAGCAAGGCUUGUGUCUAAACCACUUUAACCUGUGUGUGUGUUUGCUGUAGAUAGCUGUUGGAGAGAGAGAUGAAGAGGUGAACGAGUCAUCAGAGAUACAAAAUCUCCUCAGACAGGAAACAGAACUGCACAUUACUGAGGGCAGGGUCAGUGUGCAGAAAAAUCAGGAGCGGGUGAAUCGAAUCAGACAGCUGAAAGAACAACUUCAGAAAGACAAGGAGGAGGAAUCGGACCAAUCAGGACACGGCACUAACACAAUAGAGCAUGAGAAACUCUUGGAGCGCAGGAUGAGAAUGAGAGAGACUCAUGAGAAAGUGAUUGAAGAUGAAUUAAUAAAGAUGGAGCGAGAGCUAGAGAAGCAGCAGGUGGCCGGUAUGGAGGGUGAGAUGAUGUACCUGCGCAGAGAAAGACACAUUCUGGUUCUGCAGAUCGAGGCGCUGCGCAGAGAGAAUCAGCAGGCACACGCAGAUCUGGAGACGCAGUACACACAACACCAACAAGAACUAAACACACUCAGAGAAGAAAGCUUACAGGUCUUCAGGGUGUUUCGUGAGGUUCUAGAGGAACAGAAGAGAACAUCAGAAGGGAGGUACAGACGUCUGCUCAUAGACGCUAUUCAGGAUGCAGUUCACCUAUCGACUCAAAACCUACAACUACAAGAAGAAAUUCAGCAGCUGAAAAACAAUCAGUGAGCAUUUUUCUCAAACCAGACACCGAUGCAGAACUGAAUGCUUCCUGUGUGUAUAUAACAUCUACAUUAUGCAAAACAGAGGAGUCACAAUCACAAUCAUGUAUGUAAAUAAAUACUAAAUAUAAGAUAAACAAAUUAUUAAAACUAU